AUGGGCGGACUAUAUUUCCUUCCUGAGUCGAUUGCUGAAGGUGCGGUAUCACCAUUGAGGCUUGAGGGAAUGUCUGGGUCCGAUGGCUUGUCUCACGAUCUACCUUUAUACCUACCCGGAAUCGCGCCGACGUUGACCUUCGCCUCCCUUACUGUCCGUCCGUUGUUCUUGUCGCUAAUUGAGACGUACGUCUGUGACCUGGAACCAUGGGCAAUCCGCCCGGCUUUGAAAGCGAUCAUCCUCGCCCUCCUACCUGGCCUUGAAGAAGAAACAAGCGAUGACUUUGAUCCCACUCUGCGGCUGAUCAAUAAGUUUCGCGACAUAUCCAACCGAAUGGAGACGCAACGGUCAGGAGCCGACGUGAACUCGAGCAGCCAAUACUUCUGGCAGUGCCUAUUCCUCGCCUCUAUAACAAGCCCUAGCAGACGUUCAGGUGUGCUGGCGUACCUAAACCGUCAUCUUCCCAAAUUGGGCAUCACAGACCGGCGGCCGAGCAAAAGCGAUGUGGGCGAUUCUGGCGAAAUGCCGCAGGACAUGCUUGCUGCGGUGGACUCGGUUGUUCUCCCUGAACCUGGGUUGCUUAUUCGGUGUUUCGCCUCCGGUCUGGCCGACGAACAAGUCCUUGUUCAGCGCAACUUCCUUGAUUUACUCGUGACACAUCUGCCGCUUAGCUCCCCGAUCUUACAGUCUCGAAUCACCGACAAGGACCUGCAAUUGUUGGUAAUGGCGGCUGUCGGGGUCGUGGCUAGGCGAGACAUGAGCCUGAACAGGAGGUUGUGGUCGUGGUUCUUGGGGCCUGAGCCUACCAACGAUCGGGUGUCGUUCGAUGUACAACAAUCGUCAUCCGAGAAAACGAAUCCAGCUCGUGCUGAUGGGCAAGAGCUUUCCCAAGCGGAGUAUUUCAGUCGAUUUGGGCUGCAACCGUUAGUAAAUGGGCUACUCCAACUGAUCGAACAAGAUGCAACGUCGCCUUCUGAAAAGACAAAGCCUUUUCGAAUAUCGCUUGCCUUGAUGGACCGGUGGGAGGUCGGUGGACAUAUUGUCCCAGCCGUUUUCCUCCCCACGAUGAGAUGUGUUGCAGCCUUCGAAGGGACUGCUACCAAAUCCCAGUUUGAUGAGGUCUUCCGCAGUGCUAGUGCUUUCUUUGACGGUGUUGAAAGCGGUGUCAUCUUCUCCGAGCUGCUUGGCCUCAUAGACUGGGAUUCUGCCGACAUCGCUGGCAAUCAUGAUCGAGUACUGACGAACUUGAAGCUUGCCCAGUUCAUUCUGGAAAACUUCAACGUGCGAGAAGAAGACAUGGUAUCAACGCAUGUUCCGUUACUGACUCUCUCCAUCCUUUUAAAGAUGAGGGCGCUUUCGUCUGGAGAGUACAAGGUGUCCUCUCCUGAUCAUGUACGGCUUGUAUCCAAUGCCCUCUCGAAGGUGAUAAACUCUUUGACUGGCUUGCUCACGGAGAGGGCUUUCACAAGGAAAUCUUCCUUGGAUAAGGCCGCCAACAGUGUCUCCAUUUAUGAGCUUCCAGGUGCGGAAAUCUUGAAACGGAUACACGAGUUUUAUGAACAAAGCAAAAACAGCCUUGACUUACCACCGCUACCAUUCACUCCUAAGCAGAUGGGCGAGCUCAUAAUCAGGCAUGCGCAUGAACUUGCCAUCUCGUCUUUGAAUGGAUCCCAUAGCAGCAUGCCAAUUCAGGAGAAGGUGAACCUACUCAUCAUUCUGCUGAAGAAACUGCCUAGGUCAAGGGUGCUCCGUGAUCGGAGACUCUACCAGGCAAUUUGUGAACGUGUCAAGGGGGGCCAGAUCGAGCCGACCACUGGGUCUUUCUCUACGACAUCUACGAUUGUCUCUGCAGUGAAAAACCUAUAUGCAAUACACACUCCUGGUUUCUAUAUCAGUUACGAGGAGAUCUCCGAUCUAAUCCCAGCAUUGGUCAAGCACCUGUGGAAAUUUCUGUCUCCGGUCAGCCCCAAAUUUCAUGUCGAGGCCGUCCGCUGCUUAUGGCAACUGCACUCGGUUUCCUGGACAGAUCAUGUUGUUGAAGCCGCUGUCACGUCCUUGAUGAUCGAUCCCCUCUCUGCUGGACCUCGCCAGCUCUCAUCGGAAGAACAAAUCGGAAGAUACUUUGUGCUAUGGAACCACAGCCAUCAUGGAACCUAUGAGCUUCCUCCCAAAAGUCUGCAUAAUAUUGGAAACUCCCACAUAUUCUAUCAGUCAUCGAUGCUUGAGCGCCCUCUUUUCAUCGUUCUGGACCUCCUCUCUCAGGGACCCAGUGAGGCUUGCCAGAUCGUCCAGCGAUGGUUGCAGGAGCUACCAUCUAUAGACAAAGUCUUCCGCAUGAUCAUCUCAAGACUCGAGGAACUUUUCUUGAGGACCGACGGCCCUGAAACCAAUCCAGAGGGCAUAUCGAUAUCCCCUGAUGACUUCAAGGAGUGCAGCUACUUGUUCGAAACCAUUCACAAUACCAUCUCGGCACUUUCUCAUAAUGGCUGGAUUACCCUGUUGACACAAACGCUUUCUCCAGCUGAUAAACACCACAAAACCAGUACAAGUGAUGGUAAGGUCCUUGAAUUUCGAAAUCGCGUACUACAACUUACGACUCUUGCAGCAAAUACAGAAGAUCAGACUCUGCAUUCGAGUAUCUUCCAAGCUGCACUCGGAGUGACUAGUGCUCAGGCCACUAGUGCCUCAGUAACGAACGCAGAAGAAGUUAAAUUGCAACAGACAACCCUGCUUGUGAUGCGCCAACUUCUACUAGGACCCGGAGCCGAGGAAUUGGCUGACUCAGGCAUCGACUCGUUCCUCGUUGACCGGCUUUUCUACGUGCUUGACGAAGGUGGAAGUGUCGCUGUGCAGGGUGCACUCAUCGACACUCUUCUUGCAGCAUUGAAAGUUCGCUUCGCCGAGGCUUACUUGCCACCACCCCCACCCCGUCCAAAACACCAGAGGAACAGCUCUCGUGAACGGCUAACAAGCCCAUCGCUCUUGUCCUUCACGAGCGACAAAGCGGACAAAACUCCUGCAUUGCCCGCUCUUCCUCAACCCCCCAAGAAUCUCCUCGAGUGUCUGCUCAAAGGCAUCAGCUCUCCAAAUUCCAGAGAGAUUAUAGAAAGAUGGACGUUCCUACUGUGCGAGGUGCUCCCACUGUUCUCAGGGUCAAUAUUUCAGAUUCUUCUGAUGUUAGUGGAGUGCUUCUGCAAGGAAAUCCAGCUUUCAUAUACGCACCUUCAACUUUCCUUCAAGCAAACAAAAGAUUGGCCUGAAGACCGCUCAGAACAUGCCACUAUCGCUUUGCUGGCUGGUCUCGAGACUUGCAUCGCAACUGCUCAUGAGCGACUUCUUGUAGAGGAAGCAAACGUUCCAGCGGCGAAGAGUCCUGAUCAAUCCCAUGGUUUCUUUGGAAAUAUGGUAUCAGGGGUGUUCACGUCUGAUGCAACGCAUAGUCGGUCAACGGCUGCAAAUAACCGACUAACUGUUCUGCUGUGUUUCCAAGAUGCUGUGCGACUCUGCUUUUCGAUCUGGUCGUGGGGAGCAGUGGAAAGAAGUACCCUACCGCAGGACACAGAAUCUCUGGCCUCCUUCCAAUACACAUCUCUGCGAAUGCGAAAUAGAUCACGUCGUAUCCUAGAGCACCUUUUCACUGCUGAAGCCCUUGAGUGUCUUGAGACACUGGUGGAAAUGUGGACCAAAUCAGACAGUGAUACAUCCUCAUUGAUUUUCAGCCUUCUUCACACUCUCGAUGGGUCUCGACCUAAAAUCACCAUUCCAGCUGUAUUCAAUGCCAUAUACACUCGAACAAAUCCCAGCGCAUUGGAUCCUAGUCGCAAGUCUACCUUGACAUCUUCGCUCACUGAUGGUGAGCUAGCGGCAUUCCUGGUCACAUACGCUCGGUCGCUGGACGACGAUGUACUGGAUGAGAUCUGGGCAGAUUGCACAACAUUCUUGCGCGACGUUCUCAGCAACCCAUUUCCACACAGGCAGAUCCUGCCCCGGCUAGUCGAGUUUGCCGCCAUUCUUGGCUCAAAACUUGAAAACACGAAUUUUGGUGAAGAUCGUCGUAUGCGGCGUGAAUUGGGUGAUGUACUACUCCGUCUGCUGACUGCAAUCUUCACAAGCAAACCUAUGGGACUAUCACAAGAGUCAGCUUUUCUCAGCCGGACAUCUCUAGACCAUGACAACUCAGCAGUACCACAUAUCGGACCGGAUGACAUGCUUAGUAUCCUGGCUGUCUCCAUGCCCGCCUUCUCUGCAACGCUGGGUGACUCUGAUCGUAUCGGUUCAGCUGUAUCCGGUAUCUCCACCAAUGUUAUCGGGCCAUUAUUGCGCUCUCGGCUUUUCCCCAACAAUCUCAACCGCAGUUUUCUGGCUCUCCUCCAACACAUCGCCAAAUCCCCCGCUGCUGCCAAGUUUUGGAAAAAAGACGUAGCUGAGGCGUUCAAUGAUCCGCGGUUCUUUGCGUCCAAGGUUGAUCUAGUCAAGGAUGGCUGGAUGAAUUUGCUACGGCAGUGGGUGGUGGCAGACAAGGAUAGGUUGUCUGACAUCUUGGCUCGGCUGCCUCCACCAAGUACGGCAGGCUUGAUGUUCGGGGUUGGAGCUUCAGCGGCGCGCCUUGAUGCCGAUCGGAAAGCCCAGUUGAAUCUUCGUCGGAUUGCUUUGCUGAUCUUAUCUGCAAAUAACGACUACUUCAUUGGAGAGCUACCGGCACUCCUCCAGAAACUGGAGGACCUGCUUGGAGCUACUAGCUCAUCCUCUCCUUCGUCGACCACGAGAGCCGAGGUCUUUAUGGUCCUUCGUGCCUUGGCUCUGAAAACAUCCACAAGCACGCUGGCACCUUUUUGGCCAAUGAUCAAUGCCGAACUACAAGAGGCUAUCGCCGCUAUUCCCGUUGGCCCGCAUCAGGAUGUAUACAGUCCGUACUCGUUGCUACAGGCCUGUAAGCUUUUGGACACGCUCCUGGUACUUGCUCCGGAUGACUUCCAGCUUCUCGAAUGGCUAUAUGUCACCGACACGAUCGAUGCCGUUUAUCCUCCUGGCCACUGGGAGUCGAUUGCACUGGCCGACGAAGUCUCUCAAAGUUUGGGUGUGCGCGGUUCCGCCUCCGUGGACUCUCCCCGGGAAGCGUCAGAACCUAGUGGAGGGGCGAAAAAGCCAGGGCUGACGGCGGAUUGGAUUCGCGAGACAGCCAAGGAUGAAAUUGUUGAGCGGGUGCUCCGGCCGUGGUUUGAUCAACUUAGCAUCCAUGCAUUCGAGAGCACAUACAGCAUGGGGCCGCCCAGCCUUGAUGCGUGCCGCGAUGACCUUUUGGCGGACUUGUUCAAUGAGAGCACCAUGGCAAACUAG